AAUACCACCAAAUAUAGGUGUUAAAAAAAAUCCCGUGCACGUGCUUCUACCCAAAUUUUCCCCACUCUCGCCCUUCCUUCCUUUCCCUACUCUCCUUCCCUCUCUCACUAUCUCUCUAAUAAAAUUAAAAAAAAAAGCAAAAAGAGGGAAAGAAAACCGCAAACAACACUCUCCUCCUCUUCCAUUUCCGUGCGCAUCAAAUCACCAAUUCAAACCCCCCCUAAAAAAAUACUCUUCACCAUCACAUGACGUAACUUAGUCGAGUCAAGGCGCACACAAACACACUCACACUCUUCGAUGCAGAUACAGAUGCAGGCAUACAACAGGCUCCCAAGCAGCGGCCACACCACACCAUCACCGCCGCAAUCACCGUCCGUUCGCGGCUCACCCAGGUACCGCCAUGCCCGGUCCAAGCAAGGCGGCAAUAGGGGUGGUGCUCCUGGUUUACCUGCGUCUCGCACUAUGGCGCAUCGCUUGGCUUAUUUAGUUUUGUCAAUUUUGUUGCGAAGGCAGGGGAUUUUUCUCUUCGCACCCUUGAUUUACAUCUCUGGUAUGCUAUUUUAUAUGGGUACUGUUUCCUUCGAUGUGGGACCUGUUAUUUCUCAUUACCCUGCUCCUGGCUCCGUUUAUCGUAGCCCUCAACUUUAUUCUAAGCUUCGUCCUGAGAUGGAUGCCGAGAAUUCUACUGCUGACGCGAUAUCAACUAUAUGGAAAAAUUCAUACAAGGGUGGUGAGUGGAGACCAUGUAUAAACAAUUUUACAGGAGGAUUGUCUGAUUCAAAUGGUUUUAUAUAUGUUGAGGCAAACGGUGGCUUGAAUCAGCAGAGGGCAUCGAUAUGCAAUGCAGUUGCUGUGGCAGGUCAUCUCAAUGCCACACUCGUCGUUCCAAAUUUUCAUUAUCAUAGCAUCUGGAGGGAUCCUAGUAAGUUCAACGACAUCUAUGAUGAAGAAUAUUUCAUGAGUAUGCUGCAAAAUGAAGUACGUGUGGUCAAUAUGAUUCCUGAUUACCUGAUGGCUCGUUAUGACCACAACAUGAGCAAUGUUUACAAUUUCAGAAUAAAAGCAUGGUCUCCUAUCCAAUUUUACAAGGACAAUGUGCUUCCAAGACUGCUUGAAGAGAAGGUUAUAAGGAUUUCUCCAUUUGCAAACCGAUUGUCAUUUGAUGCUUCUCCAGCUGUUCAACGGCUCAGGUGCUUGGCAAAUUUUGAGGCUUUAAGGUUCUCAAGUCCAAUCUUAACAUUGGGGGAAACAUUGGUUGCGAGAAUGAAAGAGCGGAGUUUAAGCAGUGAUGGUAAAUACGUAUCUGUGCAUCUUCGGUUUGAAGAGGAUAUGGUUGCGUUCUCUUGCUGUAUAUUUGAUGGUGGUAAGCAAGAGAAACUAGACAUGGAGGCAGCAAGAGAAAGAGGUUGGAGAGGCAAAUUUACCAAACCUGGUAGGAUUAUUCGUCCUGGUGCAAUCAGAAUCAAUGGAAAAUGCCCUCUUACACCUUUGGAGGUAGGUUUGAUGCUUCGUGGUAUGGGCUUUGAUAGAAACACAUCUAUUUAUUUGGCCUCGGGAAAGAUUUAUGACGCAGAAAGAAAUAUGGCCCCAUUAUUUGAAAUGUUCCCUCUUUUGCAAACGAAGGAAAUGCUUGCAUCUCCAGAGGAGCUUGCAUCAUAUCAGAAUUAUUCUUCUAGGAUGGCUGCUAUAGACUAUACUGUUUGCCUACAUAGUGAAGUAUUUGUUACCACCCAAGGUGGUAAUUUCCCUCAUUUUUUGAUGGGCCAUCGGAGAUACUUGUACGGUGGUCAUGCAAAGACCAUUAGGCCUGACAAGCGGAAGUUGGCCCAAAUUUUUGAUAAUCCUAACAUUGGAUGGAAAACAUUUAAAAGGCAUAUGCUAAACAUGCGAUCACAUAGUGAUUCCAAGGGUUUUGAGCUCAAAAGACCAAAUGACUCUAUUUACAGCUUCCCAUGUCCAGACUGUAUGUGUCGUGUCGGUAAAGCAGAAGAUUCACGAUCAGCAUCAGCAACGUGAUCUCCCGACAUCAAAAUCAUAUGGGUUAUACAUUCAUAUCUUAAUGAUACUACAAACAUGGGCUAAUACAUCGAUUCUUUGAUUCUUUUCCUUUUUCCUUUUUGUGAGAAAGGGUAACACGAGUUCAUUUUGGAACUCCCAACAAUUUGGUUGGAUGGAUUAUUUGACCAGAGCAGGGCGUUGCGUCUUUUGUACAUGAUUUGGAAGUGGCACCACAUUAUCUUUCCAUUGAAGGAGUUGCUCUGGUAUUGACUACAACACACAUGGUUGCAGCUGCUGUAUCUAACAAGCUGCAAGAGAAAAUUGCGAUUCCUUUUUUCCCCAAUUUUGUCAAUUCUUUUUAAAUUGUAAAUGUUACAGUUUCUGUACAAAGUAUGUUGGAGCGCUGUCACACUUUAUUUUCUAGCGUAGUUCAUUCGUUCGGGGACCAAAAAAAAGAGUAAAGAAAGUGUUCUGUGGUGUUUGCGUGUUUGCUCGCCUCUAUUGAUUUUUUGAGGUUCUUUUUAUUU